AUUUUCGAGUUCUCUGCACAGUGACGCGACGAGACAAUCUCUCCCUGCCAAUUCGCUCCAGGAAGAAGAAGAAGACGGAUUGAAAAAGAACCAAACACCACCACCGGCACACGCACUGAAACUCAUCGGUUCGCCGCCAUGGACUUCUCCUGAACUCCUCCUCCUUCCUCGUCGCCGCCGCCGCCGAUUCCUCUCGGAAUGACUUCACUCCACUCCCCUCUCCGGCGACCGCCGCUCCCCUCUCCCGCUUCUCCGAGCUGCUUCCGGAGGCCGCCGGCCAACUCCGCCGGAUCAGCCGAGCUCAGAGUUCCGUCGCGCGUCAGCGCCGUCUCGAGGCGGAUAUGCUUCGGGCCCGAGCCUCCGCCGAAUUCCCUGAGGGCCCGGCGCGGGCGCGAGUCGGCGGAGCCGAAGCCGGAGCUCGCGGCUCGGGUUAGGGUUUCCCCGAGCGGUGCUCCGUCCGGUCCGUUGUCCGAUCGGGAAGCGGUGCAGGCUCCUGGUUUUUUUGAGUUCAUCACUUCGGAGAGGGUCAAGGUGGUCGCCAUGCUCGCCUUGGCAUUGGCCCUCUGUAAUGCGGACCGGGUGGUGAUGUCCGUGGUCAUUGUGCCCUUGUCGCUUUCUCACGGCUGGAGCCGAUCGUUCGCCGGCAUCGUUCAGUCGUCUUUCCUUUGGGGAUACUUGAUAUCACCAAUCGCUGGAGGGGCUCUUGUGGACUACUAUGGGGGUAAGGUUGUCAUGGGAUGGGGUGUGGCUUUGUGGUCCCUAGCAACAUUUCUUACCCCAUGGGCUGCUGAAGCUUCUUUAUUGGCUCUCCUCGUGAUGCGUGUUUUACUUGGCAUAGCAGAAGGUGUGGCUCUUCCUUGCAUGAACAAGAUGGUCGCAAGAUGGUUUCCAGCAGCAGAACGAGCCAGAGCUGUUAGUAUUGCAAUGGCUGGCUUUACACUAGGAAAUGCCAUAGGACUCACCCUUUCUCCAAUUCUUAUGUCACAAGGUGGAAUAUAUGGGCCAUUCGUUAUUUUUGGAUUGUCUGGGUUUCUCUGGGUUUUGGUAUGGUUGUCUGCAAUAACGAGCACUCCUGACCGGCAUCCCCAGAUAUCAAAAUAUGAGCUAAAUUACAUAAGAAGUGGGAGGCAUGAACCCUCGGUGCCGGAUACUAAAAGCGAGACAAGUAGCAUGAUCCCUCCUUUUAAGCGCAUGCUUUCCAAGAUGCCUACAUGGUCCCUAAUUGUUGCUAAUGCCAUGCACAGCUGGGGUUUCUUUGUCAUUCUCUCAUGGAUGCCAAUCUACUUUUACUCGGUCUAUCACGUUGACCUUAGACAAGCGGCAUGGUACAGUGCUGUUCCAUGGAGUGUGAUGGCAUUUGUUGGGUACUUGGCUGGUAUGUGGUCAGACUUGUUGAUACAAGGAGGCACAAGCAUCUCUUUGACUCGCAAGCUUAUGCAGUCAAUUGGAUUCAUUGGUCCUGGGAUUGCUCUUAUUGGCUUAACUACAGCCAAGCAACCAUCUAUUGCAUCUGCCUGGCUUACCUUAGCAAUCGGGCUGAAGUCCUUCAGUCACUCUGGCUUUCUAGUGAACUUACAGGAGAUCUCUCUAAAGUAUUCAGGCGUUCUACAUGGAAUGUCGAAUACAGCAGGAACCUUGGCAGCUAUUGUGGGAACAGUUGGAGCUGGUUUCUUCGUUGAAUUGGUCGGUUCAUUCAGAGGAUUUCUGUUGCUUACGUCAAUAUUAUAUAUUCUUGCUGCCAUUUUUUGGGAUAUCUUUUCUACUGGAGAGAGGAUAAAUUUUGAUGAGACGGAUCUGUCACCGCAUUCUGGGUCAACUGUUACAUGAGAAGUGCCUUUGCAACUGCUGGUUACACAGCCCCAGGAAGCAGAGGUCAAUUCUGCAGAUCUUCAUUGUGCAAGAAUUGUAGAUAACGCCUGUAAGUGAAAUCUUCAAUCAUUCAUAUCGAGGAGGUAUCAAGUAUCAACAUCUUCUUCAUAUCGAGAUGGUAUCAAGUAUCAGCAUCUCCUUCCCUCGUGAAGAUUUUUCUUCCCUCCUGUAAAUCCAUGUAAAGAUUCUGGCAUCAAAGAAAUAUAGAGUAUAGGCGUUUUCCUAACUGUUUUUAUUUCUCAGGUUGAUAUAUGUGAGAUCAAUUUGAUUUUAGGGUUUUCCCUUAAAGCAGAUAUCUUAGUUCUUUGAGAUAGUUAAGCAGUUGUCCAGUAAAGGUGGUUUUACUGCCAUUCUGCUUACAAUGCAUAUGCCAUCGCAACCAUACAGAUGAAUAUGGUUUGUUCUUAUCUUGGGUCAAACUGCUUGAUGGCCAUUGUCCUCUUUUAUUUUGCAGUAACCAUUGGAAUAGCAAUUUAUCAUUUGUAA